AUGAAGCAGAUUUAUAACGAGACAGAAAAGAUUAGGCGUGAGAGAUUGGGUGGCAUGAAACCUAUGCGGUGGACAUUGAUAGAAGCUCAACGUCUCGAUUACUUUGUUGAGUGCGAGUUUGAUGAUGAGCGUUGUGUUUCUAGACUCUUCCUUUGCCAUCCAGAGUCUAUUCGGAUGUUGAGCGCAUGGCAUUUCGUCAUUUUGAUAGACUCAACUUACAAGACUAACAAGUAUAAGCAGCCACUAGUUCAGUUGAUUGGUGUUAGUCCGGUGAAGAAUCACUUCAAUAUUGGGUUUGCAUUGGUGUCAGAUGAGACGAAGGAGACAUAUGCUUGGGUUUUGAUGCAAUUGAAGCAUCUGCUUGGUGAUCGAACACCGGAUGCGUUUGUUACCGAUAAGGAGGGAGGUUUGGGUGUCUCAUUGCGACAGAUCUUUCCAUCUUCAGCUCAUUUACUAUGUGUGUGGCACAUGAAGAGGAACAUUGAAGCUAAAAUGUUGUCUUUUAGGAUCAGUCGUGAUUCUGGCGAGUGGUUUAUAGAAGGUCCAUGGGGGAGAGUCUUGAAUGCCAAUACCGAGGCAUGGUUCCAACGGUGUUGGCGAGACUUGCAAAAUGGUCAUUGGGGGUACAAACGAAAAGUGGAUGGACUACCUCAGAAGUGA